GAUACACCAAAUCUCCACUACGUGGUCCCUCUUACAAAUAUACCGACACGAUUAAGACAAUUUUCUUCAAAAUCUUGGGACAUGGGUAUCAUAAAAUACAGCAAAACAAUUUUUUUUAUUUUUUUAUAAUAUUAUUCGAUAGAAUUAUAAACCCGUACAUGUUCCUAUUCAAUAUUGAGACGCAAAUAGCUUUAUGAUUUUCUAAAAUGACUUGAAUGUUGAAAAAACCUGUUAUUGGAUUUCAUAUCGGAGGGAAAAUGAAAAACAACAUCUUGUGUUGGGCAUGUUCACCCGUAUUUUAAUGGUGUUUCAAUCCUUUCUACUUUUUUUUUGUAUUUUUGACGUAUUUUUCAUGAACCUACUGCAUCAGAAUCAUAAAGAUGCAAGAGAAAAUGACUUAUACAAAAUAAAUGUAGACUUGCGUUUUUCAUUUGUUCUUCUCACUUGAAGCUAGAAUUGAACCAUUAGUCAAUAAUCAAAUUUACAUCCUCGAUUGCGUCCUCGACUGUGAUACUUUUUUUUUUUCCAUUUAUUGGUACUUCUUCAAUCAACUAAUACAGCAAAACCCAGAUCCUAGAAAAUUCAUCUUCAGAUUUUUCUAGAAAGUUGCCAACAGGUGGGAUAGUUUGAAAGAAGCAAGUUCUAGACUUUUAAAAGGCAAUCUUAUUAUAACAAGUUUUGAGUUCGCAAUGGGAUUCUUGGAUCUGUUAGUUGUGGCAUUGGUGCCAAUUCUAAAAGUGUUACUGGUAACUGGUGUUGGUUUGUUUCUUGGCAUAGAAAAGAUCAACCUGUUGGGGCCGGAGGCAAGAGACUACCUGAAUAAAAUUGUAUUCUAUGUAUUAAGUCCUUGCCUCUUACUCAGCAACUUGGCCGAGACGAUCACUUACAAAAGUUUGGUUACCUUAUGGUUCAUGCCAGUCAAUGUUCUUCUAACAUUUCUCGUUGGCUCAGCUCUUGGUUGGAUUCUUGCAAAACUAACUAAAACUCCUAGACACCUUCAAGGAAUCGUCAUCGGUUGUUGUUCCACAGGAAACUUGGGAAACUUGCUUCUCAUUGUUUUUCCAGACAUAUGCGAUGAGUCAAAUAGUCCAUUUUCAAAGUUAUCUACUUGCUCUACCGAUGCCGAGGCAUAUGCUUCACUAUCCAUGGCAGUAGGAGCCAUUUUUACUUGGGCAUAUGCGUAUCCUUUGGUGAGCUCUUAUGUUAUUAAGAAUACGGAGCACAGCUCUAUCCAGUCCUCCGAACCAUCACCCGACAGUUGCAUGGAACCGCUACUAUCACCUAGUUAUAGCCAAAUUUCUGAAGACAACUCGGUGGUACUCGAACUGCCUCUAACUAAUAUGCAGGACGGAAAAAAGAUGCCAUUCAAAGAGAAGAUUGUUCGGUGUAUAAAGUGCAUUACGAGUAAGAUCGACUUAGAGAAGGUGUUCGUACCAUCGACUAUUGCAUCGAUAGCCGGGUUAAUCAUCGGGAUAGUCUCUCCGUUCCGGAAAGUACUAAUAGCAGACAAUGCACCUCUUCGAGUAAUCAAUAGUUCAGCAGCUUUGAUAGGGCAUGCAGCCAUUCCAUCAAUGACCUUGAUAAUGGGGGCAAACCUUUUAAAAGGUCUAAAAAGAUCAGAAAUGAGUUUGGUGGUGAUUUUAGGGGUAGUUGCAGUUCGGAACAUUUGCUUGCCAUUGUUGGGGAUCGGUGUUGUUCAAGCUGCACACCAUUUGGGGGUGGUUGGAUCAGAUGCUUUAUAUCGAUUUGUUCUAAUGUUUCAAUAUGCUGUUCCCCCUGCAAUCAAUGUCGGUACAAUGACACAACUAUUUAAAAGUGGACAAGGUGAAACAUCUGUGAUUUUGUUAUGGUCAUAUUCUGUAGCUUCCAUCUCUCUAACGCUUUGGUCAACACUGUACAUGUCUCUUGUCUCUAAUUCCUCCACCAAAUAAGACUAUAUAAUGCAAGUUAACUGUUGCUUGCAUUCCAAUUUUUAAUUAUCGACAUUGUUAUCUAAGCUUAUAUCAAAAUCAAAAUUAACUUAAAUAA